CUUUAAGCUUUCGCAUUGUUCGGUCGUGUUUUUGUUGCGUUGCCAUGCUUGGGCAGAACUUAAUAAAUAAUUUAGUGGUUUAUAUACAAUAUACAUAUAUAUUUAUAUUGAAAUUGUAAUAGUUUUACUUUUAACAAUUGUGUAUCCGAGUGCUUUGUUAAAUGUGAAAAUUUAAAUUUCGUUCCGAGUUGUGUGUUUGCUAAAAAAAUACACAAUACACCUUUGGUGUUAGCUAAACGAAGAUAUAUAUUAAAUAAAUCAAAUAAUAUUUGGAUGUAAAUAUGACAGUGUUCUCUAAAUAUGUCGGCCGUAUAGCGGAAAAAUAUGAACAAUCCGGACUACCAAAGCAGGCAUUCAGUUACGCUUUGGUGGGCACGGCCCUAUUUGCAUUAACUAUUAAGGUAACUGUACCAUAUAUUAAAAAUAUCAAAUGCACAAAGGAUCAAAAUGGAUCAAAAUCGACUGCCGGCAAGGGUGCGCUCACGCCUUCAGAGAUCGGAGAUGGACAGGACGAAGAGUCGAAGUUGGCCGAGGCCGAGAAGCUGCUGGUGGAGCAGCAAUUAAAAUUGAAAAACAAGCAAAUGCUGGAGCCGGGCCUAAAUCGGGAAUUCCUUAAGCAGCUUGGCAUGCUGGUUAAGAUAAUGAUACCGCAGAAGCUGUGCUAUGAGACCGGACUCCUAACCGUGCACACCGUGUGCCUAAUAUCUCGGACAUUCCUCAGCAUUUAUGUGGCCGCAUUGGAAGGAGCUAUUGUUAAGUUUAUCGUGCGAAAGGAUGUCAAACAGUUCGCCCUUGUAUUGAUGAAAUGGUUUGGCAUCGCCAUUCCAGCCACAUUCGUCAAUUCGAUGAUACGAUUUCUGGAGAGUAAACUAGCUUUAGCUUUUCGAACUCGUUUGGUGCGACACUCGUAUCGAUUGUAUUUUAAAAAUCAAAACUACUAUCGAGUAUCGAACCUGGACGGACGCAUCGAAAAUGCCGAUCACAGACUUACCGAGGACAUUUCAGUAUUUGCGAGCUCUGUUGCCCAUUUGUAUAGCAGCUUGACUAAGCCUUGUUUUGAUCUAAUGCUAAUUGGCUUGGCAUUAAUGCGCUCCUCUAGAAAGAUGAAGGCCAAUAUCUUAUCAGGCCCGGCGCUGUCAGUGAGUGUUAUUGCGCUUACCGCUCACAUAUUACGUAUUGUGUCCCCGAAAUUUGGACAACUGGUGUCGGAGGAGGCUAAUCGUUAUGGCUAUUUAAGGCAUAUCCAUUCACGUAUUAUAACAAAUGCAGAAGAAAUUGCAUUUUACGGCGGACACAAGGUGGAGUUGCAGCAGCUGCGGACCGCAUACAAUCGACUGGUGAAUCAAAUGAAUAGCAUAUUCAGCCAAAAGCUUUGGUUUAUAAUGCUGGAGCAGUUUUUCAUGAAAUAUGUAUGGUCCGGCACCGGAAUGAUAAUGGUUUCUCUACCAAUAUUAACGGGUACGGCUGGAUCGAAAAGGUCAGAUAGCCCCGUAACUGCCGAGGUGAAUGACUCGAAUGUGAGCGAGCGUACCCAAUAUUUGACGACGGCCAGAAAUCUGCUUAUAUCGGCAGCCGAUGCGAUCGAGCGUUUAAUGUCCUCCUACAAGGAGGUUGUAGCCUUGGCUGGAUAUACUUAUCGGGUCGCUGGAAUGUUGGAUGUAUUCGAGGAGACGGCACAGGGAAUUUACAGCAAGGCGACGCUGGUCGAGAAUGAGGAAAUGAAUGGCAUCAUUGAGUUCCGCGAUGGCAAGCCGAUAGCAAAGGGCCGUAUUAUAUACACGGAUGAUCCCGGCAAUAUGUCGAUUAGUCUCCGGGCUGUGCCGGUCGUUACACCAAACUGUGAUAUUGUUGUGCCAAGUUUGACUCUAUGCAUUGAGCCGGGCGUGCAUCUAUUGAUAACCGGGCCCAAUGGCUGUGGCAAAUCCAGCUUGUUCCGCAUUCUGAGCGGACUCUGGCCAAUCUAUGCCGGAGAGCUGCACAUACCGCGUCCGGUUGAAAACAAGCCCUGCAUGUUCUAUAUACCACAGCGACCCUAUAUGUCCAUUGGCAGCUUAUGUGAUCAAAUCAUAUAUCCGGAUACGCGCGACGAUAUGAAACGCAAGGGCAUCACCGAAAAUGAGUUGAUCAACAUUCUAAAAUUGGUCACUCUCGAGCAUAUUGCACAACGUGACGGCUUUGAUGUUGUGCGCGAUUGGAAGGACAUUCUCUCCGGCGGAGAAAAACAACGAAUGGCAGUGGCUCGUCUAUUUUAUCACAAGCCGCGUUAUGCCCUCCUCGAUGAGUGCACCAGCGCGGUGUCCAUUGACGUGGAGAGCUCCAUUUAUGACAUUGCCAAGAAGAUGGGCAUCACGCUUCUGACAAUAACACACCGACCAACCCUGUGGAAAUUCCACACGCACAUUCUUGAGUUUGACGGUCAAGGAAGCUGGAAGUUCAGGAAAAUGGAUCCCAAUGAGAAGCAAAAGGAUCAGUUUAUUCACUAAUAUAUCCGAAUUACAUAUUGAAAACCCUUCAGUGAACAAAGACUAUACAAUUGAGUAAUAUAAUAUAUAUACAAAAAUAUAUAUUACUCAAUGACUAUAUAUACAGCGAGGUAUCAGAAAAAAUCGAAAAAUCGAAUGAUUAAAAACAACGUCAGCAAGGCGCGCUGGGUACAGGGUGUCUUCCAGUCGGACACACUCUACGGGAGCACAUUCGUUUUAUUAUGUACAUUUAGUAUACUUCUAUGCAUAUUUCUGAAUUGAUUAUGAAAUGCGAAAUGAAGCUGGAAGUUUAGGAAAAUGUGGUUCACCAAUAUCCAUUUUAAGUAUUAAAAUAACCAUGGAGUGAAUAAAGGCUAUACAUAUAUACGGAAUUCGAUUUGGACACUUUUUUUUCAAUUUAUCAUUGAACUAUUUUCUGACAUAGGUAUACAGAGAGAGAGAGAUAUGUACAUAUUGUGUGAAAUAUUUAAAGAUUGUAUAUAUGGUGGUAUGCGUAGUCGGUAAAAAUAACAUUAAAUGCAAUUUAUAAUUAUCUAGAUUUAUAUAUGUUUAACGAAUAAGAUUUGUCCACUCCACAGAUAGCAAUUAAUUCUUUGACAUUCAUACAAAAUAAACUUUAAUUAUUCUCUA